CUAUCCUUCAAAGAAAAAUAGCAGCCCCAAGCCCAAUCUCGAUACCCCAGCGUUAUAAAAGUUUUUUAAUAAUCUAAUCUUUGAAUGCUUGUUAACUAUCAAUUCUAAAUUUUUAAAUAAUAAUAAUUUUCUAUCGCUCGAUGCCUUUACCCGAGAGCUGAGGGUCACGACUUUCUUGUCGGCUUUGUGUGCGGCACUGCUUUUUUGGCUUCGGAAAGCGUCGAUCGAGCGUGGUGGCAGAACUAUGGAGGAGGACGAAGACCGAAGGCGUAGGGAAGAGCGUGACCAGGAAGAUGAGCGGGUAGGCAGCCUCGCUGUCAAGUAUGGAGGGCUGGGGAUUGGCGGAAACGACGAGGAAUUGUUGAUUGAAGACGAAGAGGAAGGGGAAGGGGAAGCGGAGAUAGGGGCAGGGAAGGCGAAGGAGUUCCUAGUUGUUGGGACGAUUCUCACGGACAAAGUCAUCCGAUUUCGAUUCUUUAGGGAUUCAUGGCUGAUUUAUGGCAUACGGGCAAAUGAAUUUCUAUACAUGAGAUUGGUGAACGGAGGUAUCCGUUUAAAUUUUUCCAUUCUGUUGAUAUGAAUCGUGUUCUUGGGCGUUUGACCAGAACUUGAUUGUGCUAAAAGCUUUUAAACCGGGUGAUAUCCCGAUUAAGAUGUUGUUAGAUGAGUUUGAGAUCUGGGUACAGGUCCAUAAUGUGCCAUAUAGUUUUGAAAACUUGGGCACGACAAGGAGAAUUGAGAAUCAUUUGAGGGAAUUUGUCAUUUGGGGUGAUAAAAAAUUUGCUAACAAAAAAAGGCUUAUAUGCGUGUAAGAGUCCGCAUGAAUACUGGUAAAGCUUUAAAGAUUGGGACCACUCUAAAGAAAAGCAAGGGAGAAGGGUAUUGAGUAGAUUUUAAGUAUGAAAAGCUACCAAGCUUUUGUUUUUGUUGUGGUAUGAUUGGACAUGCAGCGAAAUUUUGCCCUCUUCUGUAUGAAAAUGAGGGGCAAGCUAUGGCUAUACCUUUUGGACCGUGGCUUAGAGCGAGUGGAAGGAAAUCAAAGCCAAGUAAGGGUAGCAAGUGGCUGAUUUCGGAAGGGAGCUCCCCCGGUGUGGGACGCAUUCAUCAAGUAUCGUGAGGUCAGUGUAGGAAUUGGACCCGGAUGAGUCGAUAGAGAGUACCAAAGCUGGAAUGGAGAACGUUAUGAUUUCAGGUGAGAUAGAAGAGGAUGGAGUGCCAGGAGAGCUGAAGAGGAGACGCACUUGGGAGGUUCAGGCUAGGGAGGAUGCUACAAAAGAUGUUAUGGCGCUGGACUCCCCAAAAAACGGGGUUGGGGCGGGUGCUAGUCUCUAGCCCCGCCAGAUGAUCUGAUGCUGAUUUCGGCUUUUUUUAGCUGAGAAACUUACUUCCUCUUUUUAUUUUGUUUUAUUUAUUUCUCAUGUUCUGGAUGUUGUUUUUGUUUUGGUUGUGCUGUGUUUUUCCAGCAAAAAGACUUGUAAAACUAAAACAGGAGAUGAGGGGUCGUGUCUGUAAGUCAUAGGCUCAGGUAAGCCCAAAGCGGGAUUAGCGAAUUAUAUGACUUCUACGGAGGUGAUUAAUUCAGAGUCUGGUCCUUGGGCGGACGGUAGACAGGAGACUUGUUGUCAUUUUGUAACCUGUUUUGGUUUGGUCCGUUUAGUAAUGAUAAGUUAAGCCAGUUUUGUUAAAAAAAAU